GACUUUGAAAAGUUGCGAGUCGGGGCCCAACGCCGCCGGACACCCUGGGGUUGCCGUGCGGUUGGGCGCCGGCGCGGCCCGCUCCCGGCAGGGCCGAGUCUCCGCUCGCUGCUGGAGCUCGGGCGUCGGAGGGCGUAGAGCCGCGUUCGGGCUCCAGAUGAGGCGGGAGUUUCAGGCUCUCCCGCGGCGCCCGUGUCGUUCGGUACCAAGCGAGUAUGGCUACUAAGAAGCUGAGAAGAGCAAAGUUGUCUCAGGAGCUGUGUGAAAGAUUAAGCCGCUAUCAGAUCACUACUUGCCAGGACUUCUUAUGUCUUUCACUCUUGGAACUAAUGAAAGUGACAGGACAGAGCUACAGAAAUGUGCAGAAGCUUCUUCGGAAAGUCAGCCAAGCUUGUGCUCCCAAAAUGCAGACAGCUUAUGAAAUGAAAAUGAGGAGGUCUGUCAAUCCCUCUACAGCCUUCUUACCCACCUCGCUGCAUAGUCUGGAUAAGGUCUUGCAUGGUGGAAUACCUUGUGGAUCCCUCACAGAGUUAACAAGCCCACCAGGUUGUGGCAAAACUCAGUUUUGUAUUACAAUGAGUGUUCUGGCUACACUGCCUGUAAGCAUGGGAGGACUAGAUGGAGCUGUUAUAUACAUUGACACAGAGUCUGCAUUCAGUGCUGAAAGGUUGAUAGAGGUAGCAGGAAACAGAUUCCCUACUUAUUUUGACUCUGAUGAAAAGCUAUUUUGCAUGACCCGUAGCAUUCAUCUGUAUCGAGAGCUGACCUGUGAUAGUGUACUGAAGAGAAUUAAGUCUUUAGAAGAAGAAAUUAUUUCAAAGAAGAUUAAACUCAUAAUAAUUGACUCUGUAGCUUCAGUUGUCAGAAAGGAGUUUGACACAAAACUCCAAGGCAAUCUGGCAGAGAGAAGUAACUUUUUGGCUAGAGGAGCAUCACUGUUGAAGUAUUUGGCAGAGGAGUUCUCAAUACCAGUUAUCUUGACGAAUCAGAUUACCACAUCGUUGAGCAAUGGCCUUGCAAUCCCAGUAGACCUAGUGUCUCCAGCUUAUGAGUUGUCCCUGUCUGAAGUUUCAGGAGCUUCUGGAAGUGGGAAGAGGGAAUCUGCUUGUGUGACAGCAGCCCUUGGUAACACUUGGAGUCACAGUGUCAACACCAGGCUCAUCCUGCAAUAUCAUGACUUGCUGACAAGGCAGAUCCUGGUUGCAAAAUCCCCUGUUGCUCCAUUUUCCACAUUUUUCUACACCAUUGAGAAAUCAGGCUUGGUUCUUCAAGAUGGAAAGAAUCUUUCAAAUUUACCCUGGGAUGGAACCAAUCCUGCCCUGCAAACCAUACAAGUGAGAAACGCUGCCUUGAGAAAUGCUUUACUCAACAUCACUGAUGAGACUCCUGGCGAUACACCCAGUCUAUAGAAAGGUCAAAUGCAAUUUUCACUGAGAAAUGAAUGAACAACCCUGUUUUUUAAAAAUCCAGUGAAGCAGGUAGCUAGGCAUUCUUCUUUUGUCUUUUUAGAGACUAAUAUAAAAAACAAGUGCUGUUCUCUCUACAUGUGGGCCACAUUAAACCUUGGAAUUAUGAAACUUUUGAAUAUUGUUCAGGUUAAAUUAAAUUACAUAGUAAUAAAACUCUAUGAACAACACACUGACUCAGUGAAGAAGCACAGGCCUCACAAGCCUUCCUAAUUCACCCUGACACCUCAGCAGUCUGGAGGAGCAGGCAGUCAAACACAUAGAGCACCAGGUUUCAACUGCAUUAUUUACUCACGCCUUACUGUGACUGAGACAAUGUAUGACUUGCUAAGGGCUGCUGAAGGCACUAGCUCAGUGUGACUGACAUCAAGUUGUUCCCUGUAUUCAAUCCUCACAUCCCCAGGGAAAGCUAUGUAUGUGCUGAGUUAGUGCUGAUGGUUGAUGCACAGUCACCAUCAGCCCAAGACAUGGUUCAGUGCCCUGCAGUCAUGGGGAAAGCCUCACUGAGCAUCCUCAUGGAAAGCAGAGCACCCUGCACAGAAGUGUGGGAGGUUCAGGUAACCCAGCAAGGGGAUCAGUGCUGGGGUGAACAGGUUGCCAUCUGCUGUUUGCUGGGCAGGUUUGGGGUGACCAAGGAUGUUACCAGCAAACACGAGACCCCUGUUAAAUAGCACUGUAGUACCUUUACAGCUGCACCGUGGGAGGCUGGAGAGUUGUCAGGAUGAGGAAGGCAGUGUCCCUUUGCUUGCAGCAACCAAGCAGGCUGGUGCGGAGAGGACUGCUCUGUAACUCUCUGCUCAUGAGCCUGCUCAGGCAGCUUUGUGCUCUCCUUGAACGAGAAAGUUUCCAAGAUUUCAUCAUAAGCAAGCUACUCCAUUUCAAUGUUACUUUUAAAAGCUAAUAGGUUUCACUCUGGAGAGGAGCAGUUCUCCAGCUUUACCGAUUUUAUGCUUUAAAGAGAUUUUUUUUUAAAUUUCAUUUUAAUUUUGUUUUAAUCAAAGUUUAGAUUUCCUUCUUGGCAAUGUUGCACUGCUGUCCAGUCAGUCAAACACUGCUGAACUUGCUUGUCGCCAUUUUAUCUGGAUAUCUUGUAAAUAUUUGGUGGAGCACUCAGACACAGAAGUGGUUUCUGCUCUUUCAGUCACAUGCCUGGUUCCAGGACCUUUCAGAAGUACAAAAGACCGAAGGCAGGGAAAAUUCCACUGAGAUGCAUUCAAGUCUCCAAGGAGCAACUGGACUCUGUUUAGACUAAAAUUUCUUGCUGCUCAUUCUCUCUCUUCUUUUUUCUUUAUUUAAACAUGGAAGGAUAGAGAGGGGAAGCUGCAGGGUAAGGGUGUUCUUUUUAUUAUUAUUAUAAACACUGAAAUACAAGUGCUGUAUCACUUGUUUCUCUCUCAUAUUACAGGAACAUUUGCAGUUGGAGAGGGAGAUAAGCUUUUUAAUGCUCUCUGCAAAACCUGGGAAAUUUCCACCCAAGUUCUAAAAAGUGUUACAGAUAUUAAUGAAUUAAAGCUUAAUCUCCUUCUUCUCAGCCCUGUGAAGUAAGGACUAAAUACAAUUUAAAGACACGGAUAAUGAAUCUAAAAAAGUUGUAAGUGCCUGGCCUGAAGUCACUCAGGCAGAGUGGCAGGAGGACUCAGAUCUUUAGGUCCCAGCCUUCUAUCUUACACCACAGCCAGGACAGUUCCCUGCCUUUUCAAGGCUUGCCCUUCUGGGAUAUAGUGAGUACAUGCUGGCAUUGUACCUGGACAUAUCCUUGCUUUUUCCCCCUUGGAACACAGAGACCUCCCACAGAGUCAUUCCUGUGAGAUUAAGAUGUUGAAAAGAUCAGAGCAGGAUGUAAGCAGGGAAAAGGGAAAACAAGGCACUGCUCUGAUCUGAGCACAUCCCACCUCUGCUGUGGGAGUGGGGUUAGUGAGCAACCUCUACCUUGUGCUCCCAUAAUGGGUUUAGGCAGGGCUGUAGUAAAAUUUUUACAGUCAAAGGGAGAUCAUGACUGACAAGAACAUUGGACAAAUGAGCCAGUGAGCCACUCUCCUGUAUAAAUACCUAUGAGUUCAUUAUUCUCCUCGUUAUGAGUCACAGUUCUUAUUAUCAGAAUUCCACAGCUAUUGCUGCAGCCAUUCUUCGGCCCCUCUUCUGAAGAGAGGGAUAAUCCCAGCCAGUUCCUCUCCGGUGGCAUGAGUCAGGUUUUUACCAGGGCGAUUAAUGGACAGCUGAGAAGAGCAAUUCCAACAGGGAUGAGCCAAAAGAAACGUCCACAUGACUCAUCAAGUGAAAGAGAAGGAAAAAGGGAGCAAAAUCAGUUGAGAGCCGGGCAGUCCCUGCUGCCUUCCCCAUGGCCCAACCCUGCAGCCCCUCACAGUUCCUUUGCCCUGUUCGUGUCCUGGCCAGCCACAGCACUGCAGCGGCUCUCCUGCCAAGGACCCAGAGUACUCGCAGAUGCCUUGCACAGCACUCACUUCAUUCCUGCUGAAAGGCAGCCAGGCCCAGGCUGAGACAUGGCAAGCGCUUUGCUGCGCCUGGCAACGCUGCCCAGCUGCCGAGAACAAAUGGGGAAGAAGGGCUGUGUAAAAAUGCAGGGGAAUUUUCACAUAGGCAGGAUGUAAUUAGCAGAGUUGGAAUAUAGCCAGGAUGCUGGAGUUAAAGCGCUGGCUUGCAGGUAAUACAGUGGGAGCUUUCAUAACUCUCACGCUCAGGAUCUCCCAUUUCCAUCUUACCUAGAGGAUGUCAGAGGACUGUUCCCCAUUUAAUAUUCCCAGACAGCUUUCUGAGUUCUGACACAAAGGGAAAAGUGUCAGAGAGUGCUGCAGCUGCAGUGUGCCAUGGUGACAGCCGGCAGGACCGCACCCCGAUGGCCUGCAGCAGCAUCACAGCAAAGCCUGGCACUCUGCAUCCUGCCUAUGGGUUCUUGUGAGCGUGCACCUGCCUUGCUCAGCUUUCGGCCCUGAGCACCCAGCAAAUAGAUAGAAAAAGGGAUGAAAAUAGUGCAGCCCCUCAUAUAUUAAUUGUGUGAGAGAGGGAAUACUGCUUCAACCCUAUUCCCUGCCACAGAUCGGAACUGACAUCCAGCACUCUUCCCCAGUGAGUACUGAGCUUUCCAAAUGUGCCUUGCCGGUAAUAAGCUGCACUUUUUAAGAGCUCAUGCCUCCUCUGUCCUUCCAGCUGAGAAAUCACGUUCAAAGCAGCAAAACAUUUUGUUUCCUUUUGUGACCUCACUUUCCGUAUAUGCAAUCUUUGUGUUUACUACAAGGAUGCUGAAUGUCCACAAAAGGUCAAGGAAGUCAGGCAAGAACCUCACGUGUGGAAAGUCCGCACAGCAUUUUUACCACAACGUGAUCCACAACGUGAAAAACCUUGCAGCAAACCAAAACCCCUGGGAGUGGCAGCCCCACAGACUGGCAGCAGCCCCAAGUGCUGCCUUCCUCCUCACGUGUGAGCCAAGUGGGGUGCUGCCCCCGCACUGGGAAGCACCGCCUGUGUGUCACCUCCCUGCACUGACCUUGGGCUUGGCGUGGGUUUACACACAGUCCCCUCUCUGUUAGGUGUUAAGAAGGCAACCUCUGCUCGAGCUGGGUGGGAGCACCUCAGCGAGCAGGACAAUGGAGGUGCAGGCUGAAUGGAACAGCCCUGCAAGCUGGAGAGGGGAAAGUACAGGCAGCUGCAGGCAACAGGAAACCUAGCGCUCAUAAAUAAUACGUCUUACAGCCAGAAAGAGGAAAUAAACAGCACCAGUACAGAAGGAGAGGACAGAAGAGAGGAACACAGCGUGGCUGUGGUGCGGGAGUCGCUGCAUUACAGUGAGCUCAUUUUCACAGACCAUCGUCCCAGUUUGCUGUGUGUCCUGACUGCAAAGAUCAGUUUGGGAGUAGGGACUGGUCAAAGAGAGGGUCUCUAUCAGAAGUUGUCAACAGCUGCUGUAAUUAAGGAAGCAGCCAGAGCACACACAACCUGAGCGGCCGCCAAACUGAAAUGAAAGCAUUUUUUGUUUGCAGCCAUAGCCCUGAAGGAUAAUAAAGAUAGCUCCAGCGUGCCAAGCUGGGAGCUGCAGAGACAUCAUCUCUGAGUGGCAAAUGCCCCACUCCAGCUAUCCAAACUCCCGUGCUCUGGGAACGGAUUGCUCCCUGCAUGCACUGCCAGCAUACGUGUCCACAGCCACCAUCUUGGGCAGCUUCUUGCCAGGCUGGAGAGCCCCAAGCACAGUGGAGGUGACGGGUACAGCCUCUGUGAGCUCUGCCUGCUGGCUAACAAGUGCUGAUAACUCUAGGAUCACCUCCUCAGAGCUUUCCCCUCAAAUGCUACAGAUCACCAUGGCCUGUGGUUUGGCCACCAGAAGCAACAGCUGCCAUGCUUGGGACGUAGUGGCUGCUUGUGUUACUGGUGGCUCCUCACCUGGGCCACCGCAGCAUCCCAGGCAGCUGGUAUGCAGAGCCAGGGGGUGGUAGGACCUCCUCAGCCAUGAAACACUGCUCUCAGGCUUUCACCAAGCACUGCAGAAACUCGUGUGCAGGUUCAGCAAAGGGAGAAUAGUCAUUCACAAAUUGCAUGCAUAUUUCUUCAUUCAUUCAUUGAGUCGGGCUUCCCUUUCAUCCCCCAGCCCCGCACACAUUGCUGGCAUUCUCCCGCAAUCCCAUCUAAUAACCUGAAGGUCUCCACAAGCCGCUGCUUGCCAAUGGAGAGCACGGCCACCGGCCUGCCCGCUCAGUCACGAGACGUUCCGUGCAAAGGUUUAAAGCUCCUUCCUGACAUCAGCUCUUUCCCAUGAAUCCCCUUCAGUAUUUCCCUAAUCAGGUUUCAGGGAGGCUUUGCACAGUGCAGGGUGCUAAGAGGGUGGCUGUUGAGCUGCCGCAUUUCCAGAGUCCCUGAGCUCUCCAAGUCCUUUCCCUAGAGCUUCCAGUGUCAAUGUCUAGAUGGCACUGCAGGUGCUUGUUGCCUGUACUCACAACCUGGAAGGACAACAGAUCUUUCUCAUCUCUCCUGCCUGGGAGGCAUAGAGGAGAUGCAUGCUUUUGGAGAAACUCAAAUUGAAGUGAUUUCUUUAAUUAAAUAUAGACAAAAAGCAAAAAUAUUCAAAAGCUGUUUUGGAUAUACAGGCAACAACAGCCGUUUCCUUACUACUGCCAUAAAGUGAAGGAGUGCAGGUAUCUCUCUGAGUGUUCUUCUCCACCUGAUGCUUCCAGGUAGCGUUUCACUCAUGUGCCAGCAGCGAUUUGUGGGCUGCAGCUCAGGUUUGCAAAGACAGACAUCAUGGCUGGCUCACAGGCCCGGUGUUCAUCUGGGGCUCGCGUGGCCACCCCACUGGACAAUCAACGGAGUGUUUGUCUUCAGGUUCAGUUCUUCUUUUGGAGGGAGGAGGCAGGCUAAUCAUGAACUGCACCCUGUGCAUGUGUUUGGUGGUGUGAAAUGAAAAGUUGUACAUUAUAGUCUGCUUAGGUUGUUCUGCUCUAAGUUCCAUCAUUACCAACAUAGCUUCCAAAACCAAACCAUAAAUAAAUAAAAUCUCCAGUAUUUUUUAAAAUUCUCUGCUUUCCUCAUGCAUUCAAAAGCAUAAGCCUGUUCUGUAGGACUGGCUGACUGCCCGAUCAUUGAAGAAGGGCAGGACACCAGGGAGAGGCUUUUCCAUUUCUGGGAAAUGGUGACAUGGGGGAGCCUAGUGACCACCAAAUGGUCUUUCCUUCCACAAAACGAUGUCUUCAAGAUACUCUUUGAUAUCCAUCCAGUCAAAUAGUUUGACAACUUGAAUAAACAAGCAGAAGACGUU